AUUGGAUAUUGGCGCGAUUUUGUUUGCUAAAAUGUAUCGUUUUUGAAGUCAUACGCCACCAACUGUUAGUUUCGGUUAUCAGUGUUCCUUAAUCUGAUGUUCGUGUUGUCACUUGGUUUUUUUUAAGUUGAAUGAAGUGCAUAUUAUGUGACAAUCAAGUCUUCUGCCCUAACUUUUCAGAUAACUUGGCAGCUCAACACGGGAAACCUUCAGGCUAAAGGAAAACUCACCAAAGGCUGAGAAUACAAUUGUCUGAAGUUUUUCGCCGCAUUUCGAAUGCAAGCAAUAAUAAUAUCCAACGCAGAAUCUCCUGAGCUGGAGCAAUUAGUCAUACAAGGUUCUGCUUGUUUGCUUCCUCUGGGAAAUGAAACCGUCCUCACUAGAUUGAUAAGUAUUUUCAUUCUGAGUGAAGUAUCUGACGUAAUAAUAGUUCACAAUAAAUCGCAGACAGUUCGUCUGACAAAUUACCUGAAUGAAAAUCGUCAACUCUGGCCUGCUUAUAUGAAGAUUAAUCUUCACGAACUUCCUAACAGCUACUCUUUAUCCGAAACAUUACAAAGAAUUCGUCCCUUAAUAACAUCCAAUUAUCUGUUUAUUACUUAUUCCAACACUGUUAUCAAUGAAAUCGACUUACGGGACGUAUUUCUGACAAUGAUCAGGAAAAAAGCAUCAAUGGUAGCCGUAUUUUCAACUCUUCCUGUGACAGAAAGCAAACUUCUCAAGUUAAUUCCUAGUGAAUUAACUGUAACUACAAUUGAUGGCAGUACUUUAAUUAGCUAUGUACCUGCAAGUGAAAUAAAAAAGCAAUCUAAACUUUCAAAGAUUCUUAGUUCUCAACAGACAAUCUUUUGUCGGUCAGAUCUUAAAGAUUGUGGAUUAUAUUUGGUUUCCAGAACAACUUUGGAUCAUAUUGCUAAGUUAGGGGAAGAUAUAACUCACCGUAAAAAGUCCAUCUGGCAAUAUAUUUGGUCCGAACCCCAAGAGAUUAUUAAAGAAACUAACGAAGAGCUUGAUGAAAAAUUCGAUAUCAACAACGCAAAGAAUUACACUGAAUGUUACCAAACAGGUGGAACUUGCAUUCAUGAACAUCAUGAUAAAAUUAUUUCAGUUAAAUUUGAGGAUCCAUUAAUAUACGCUGAAACAAAUCGCCUGAUUAUCCAGAAAUCCUACAACCACACUGGAUUGCAACAGUCAGUAAAGGAAUUAAAUGUUAUCCAAGAAAGUUCCACAGUACACAAAAAAGCAUUUAUUCGUUCAAGUUUUGUGGGUUCUUCAUGCAAAAUUGGUGCCGAUGUACGAAUCAUAAACUCAGUUCUUCUUUCGAAUGUCGAGAUAAGGGAUAAUUGUACUGUUCAAGGGUGUGUCAUCGGCGAAAAAGUAGUUAUUGAAGAACUGUGUAAUCUGAAAAGUUGCGCUGUCGCUGCAUUACAACGAGUGCCAACAGGAACUAAUCUAGAAUCAAAACAACUGGGAUUUACAGAUCCGGAACUCAAUGUAACAUAACGCUUAUCUAAAUCAUCAACUCGUUUUUAGUUUUUUCGAAAUAAAAAUUUUGUGACUAUUA